AUGUCGACUACUGUACGCGCACCGCGAGAACGGCAAUUUCACGUUGUACCUGUGCCGGGAGUGUUUACACGAGGACGAUGGAAGUGUCGUGAUUAUCGCGAUGACGAUCAUUCAGAACGUGAUCACAUAUUGGAUUUCACAGAAGCCCGAGAACGAGAGGUAACGACUGGUACAGAAAAUGCGGCCGAGAAAGCACCUUCGAAUGAGCGUACCGCGGAAUCGAAAUCUGCCCACGAUGUGAAGGAAUCUUCCACCAUUGUGGUUACCUCCAUUGCCCCAGCCCCAGUAACGCCACAACGUGCUAAUACGCCUCGUGAAGCCACCGAGCGAGCUAUGCGUGAUUUGGAACGAGGACAUCAGGCCAAGAUCCUUUCCUUGGACAAUGACGCUGUACCUCCUGCAUUGCCCAAAAUGCCAGGAGCCGAAGGCUCUACCACACCAGCAGACGAGGAACAUCCACUUCCAGGCAAUGGCGCCACGCUACCAACUCCAAACGUGGUCGCCAUUGACAAUAAAAUCGAACAAGCAAUGGAUCUGGUAAAAACCCAUCUAACAUUUGCCGUUCGAGAAGAGGUGGAGGUGCUACGGCAAACGAUUGUCGAACUUGAACAGCGGGUUGCAUCGUUGGAAAGCGAAAAUCAACUUCUACGACAGUAUGCACCAGCAGACGUCCUGUCCAAUAUCAGUACAUUAGUUCAGCAAAGGAAACUUGCCAGUGCCGCUGCACCACCAGCGCAAAAUCCACCCGCUGCUGCUCCCCCGAAGAAAUAACGCCGGUUUGUUUUUACACGAGAAUGUAUUUUCGAGAAAUUGUCUGACUCUUAGUUAAAGUUUUGCGUGUAUCUCUUUUUCCUUGCUUUUUAUACAUUUUCCAACAUUUUUUUCUGCAGAGCUAUUCCUCCCUUGUAUCUAUGUAUCAAGAUGCCUAUGCCAACGUUGGUGAAAUACUUUACCGCAAUUUUACUCCUGAUCUUUUUGUUUGAUUACAAAGCGCUU